GGAAAUAAUGGGAAGAAAAGAAUUAACCUAGUCCCCAAAAAGUAAAAAACCCUAAAAAUUGUUACUCAUCUCGUGGAUAUGAAGCGCCCUUAUGAUUCCGCCGACGCCGAUGACAUUCAAAAAGUAGAUGGGCCUUAAACGGAUGCUGAAGAUUAUACUGAGGGGAAAAAUAAUGAUCAUGUUGGUAGAAGAAAUGCUGAUGAAAAUGAAGACGAGGAAUUAGCUUUUGCUGGGCUUGUGCAUGCUAACUUUAUUAGAGAACUUGAUUUGCUCUUAAUCAUCUUUGAAGUGGGUGUUAUGGCAACAAAUAAUCGUGCUUGAUAAUUUAGAAGCAGGAGAUGAUUCAUGCAACUCUGAUUGCCAAGGAAAUGGGAGGGAUGAAUCUGAGGAUUCUGUUGGAGAUGAAGAUAUUAGGCUUUUUGAAGAUGAGGGAGAUGAUGAAGAUAUUUUGGAAGAUGAUUGCCGUACUGCUAUUGACUCAGAAAUAGCACAACACGCUAUCGCCAAGUUCAUAUGUUUCGAUAAGAUGACACCGCAUGUCGAAAGUUACUAUUUUAGAGACUUUAUUGCUAGUUUGAAUCCUUCUUUGACUUUGGAUUCUAAUACAACCAAAAAGGAUUGCUUGAAGAUUUUUGAGGAAGCGAAACUAAAAGCUAAACGUACUUUGAAUAAUAUGGGUCGAUUAAUUGCUCUUUCAGUUGAUGUUUUAACUUGCUACAAGAACUGGAAUGCGAGUUAUGACUUCAUGUGUUUGUCAACCCAUUUCAUUGAUGAUAGCUGGAAAUUCAGGAAAUGGAUUCUUCGUUUUCGGCGAUACGAUAUGUGGAGGUCUGAUUUUAUUGAUGCAGCAAUUUUGAAAUCUCUAGAUGACUGGAAUCUCGAAGGUAAGGUAUAUUCUCUUACCUCAAGAAAUAUUGAUGCAUGUGAAGAAACUGUCGAGUCCAUCAAGUCUAAACUUAAGGAGAAGAAUAGAUUGCCACUUGAUUCUCGUCUUUUUUCUGUGAGUUGUUGUGCUGAAAUGUUUGGUUCAACGGCGCAAGAUGCCUUUCAAGAGAUUUCUACUAUCAUCAGCAAACUUGAAAAGCUACAUUGGUCGAGGUCUGAAUCUAUGUGGCAUAUCACAAAUUCGAAACUGAAAAAUGCUUUAGAAAUGGAAACACUGGGAAAAUUCAAUUCGGAAGAUACUCGUAGGGAUUAUGAUGUGCCUUCUGCAGAUGAAUGGGAGAAAGUUCGCAUUGUGUAUAGAUUGGUGGAAAACGCUCACAAUGUUGCAAAACAGGUGUUUGAAACAAGACAUUCAACCGCUAACAAAUUUUUGUACAAUCUUCAGGAGCUUCGUGCAAAUUUAAUUCUUGAAGCCACCAGUUCAGUCUCCUUUGCUAGCUGCGUGGCUAAGAUAAUGCUUAGAAGGCUUGAUAAGUACAUAAAAGAAACGUUCCUGGUCCUGGCAAUUGCAUCGGUGAUGGAUCCACGUUGCAAGAUGCAAUACAUAGAAUAUAUUUCCAGAAAAUUUGAAGAUAUAGAUGGCAUCUUUCCAAGUGGUGCUGUUUUGGAGGCUGUUCGUACAAUCUAUGCAGAUUAUGUGAGCCAUGGCAUUGAAAUGGAUAAUUCUGAAGGUACUUCAAAUCUUAAAACAGAAGAGGGAAAUCCAAUAAAUGAUAAAGAAGAACAGUUUCAAAUAUUUCCUGGAGGCCAAGAAUACAGUGAAUUUGUCCAAUCCAAUAAUCAGUCAAAAAAGUCUGAUCUGGAUUCAUAUUUAGAAGAGCCCGUCUUACCUUGGGACGAAAACUUCAAUGUAUUGCUAUGGUGGAAAUCUGAAGCUCCCAAGUAUCCAAACGUCUCAAAAAUUGCCCGUGACUUCUUGGCCAUCCCUAUAUCAGUGGCCACUUCACACGAUGCUUACUAUUACUUGGAAAAUAGACCACCUGAUCAUCAUGUCAUUACUUCGGGGGCAGAGAUGAUGAAUGCUUUGAUGUGCUGUAGGAGCUGGAAGUCAGGUCUGAAGAUUGAUUUUGAGUUCUGAUUUCUUACUGCUGGUAUAAAUAAAAAUUAACUUAUGAUGUCUGUGCUGUUGCCAUUGUCUGGGGAAGUUGUUUGGAUCCUUUUGCUUGCUUGAUCUUAUUUCGAGUUGCCAUAACUGAUCUGAGGACUAUUGUUCUUAUGUUAUCAGUCUACUAAAUUUCUAUUUUUGUUUCAACU